UGCACACUCCAGCUGUUUAGCUAUACUAUUGACUUUCCUCCUUUUUCUGAUCAUGCCAUGGACUUCAUGUUUCACUCAUUAAUUCUUGCUUUCUUUGUCUUUAUAUCCAUUUCCCACUUCAUCUUCCAACCUUUGUGGCUUCCUUCUUCAUAAAGUGGUCAAAAUUGGUACUUUGUGGCUAUGAAGUGCUUCCCAUGUUCCAGUGGAGAAAAAACUGAUGAACAGAAGACUAUUAGGUCUUCGGUUCGCUCAUCAUCAACCUCGGUCUCAGCAGAUCCAGGGGCUAAGAAAUCAGGGUCAGAGUUUAAUUCACUUGAUCUUUCAGAUACAAGUGUAGAAUCCAAUGGUAGGAAGUCAUUUGCAAGUUUGUCGCAGAAGCCAAGUUCUCUCAGAGUCUAUGCAGUUUCUGAGCUCAAGGUGGCCACAAAGAAUUUCAACCGUUCUCUCAUGCUCGGAGAAGGAGGGUUUGGAGGUGUAUAUAGAGGUGUGGUACCUGAUGCAGAAAAUUCGAAGAAAAAGAUUGACAUUGCCGUUAAACAACUCAGCAGAAGAGGAUUGCAGGGGCACAAAGAAUGGGUGACUGAAGUCAAUGUCCUCGGAAUUGUUGAACACCAAAAUCUUGUUAAACUUGUUGGCUACAGUGCUGAGGAUGAUGAGAGAGGUAUUGAACGUCUUCUAGUCUAUGAAUAUAUGCCCAACAGAAGUGUGCUUGAUCAUUUAUCAAGUCGAUCUCGAACCCCUCUCUCAUGGGCAACUAGAGUGAAAAUAGCCCAGGAUGCUGCUCGCGGUUUAGCUUACCUGCAUGAAGGGAUGGACUUCCAGAUUAUCUUCAGGGAUUUCAAAUCUUCAAAUAUUCUAUUGGAUGAGCAGUGGAAUGCAAAGCUUUCAGAUUUUGGAUUGGCGAGGCUGGGACCUUCGGAUGGUUUGAGUCAUGUCUCAACAGCGGUUGUUGGAACCGUUGGAUAUGCAGCUCCUGAGUACAUGCAGACCGGACGGCUCACAGCCAAAAGCGAUGUGUGGAGCUAUGGCAUCUUCUUGUAUGAACUCAUCACAGGUAGGCGACCUUUGGAUACAAACAGACCAAAGAAUGAGCAAAAGCUCUUGGAGUGGGUAAGGCCACACCUUACCGACAUGAAGAAGUUUCAACUGAUUUUAGACCCUCGAUUAAAUGGCAAAUAUUCCAUCAAGUCUGCUCAAAGGCUGGCAGCAAUAGCCAACAGAUGCUUGGUCCGUAAACCAAAGCUACGUCCCAAAAUGAGUGAGGUCUUGGAGAUGAUUAACUUGCUUAUGGAUACAACUGAAACUGAAACUCCUCAAGUUGCUGUCAAACUGAUAAUACCUAAACAUAGUCUUGAAAGAUCCUUAACAGAAGGCUUAAAGAGAAGAUUUGUGGAUCCUAUAGUCGGAGAAAACAAAUCACUGGUCUGGCGGACAUGGAGGCCGAAGCUUGUGAGGACAGUCUGACUGGUACACAUUUAGAAGAGGAGACAACAAACUGUUUAGGUGGUAAAGAUAUGUAGUAAGAGAGCUUUGUUGCCAAAUGAGAUAAACUUUGUACUUUAUUUUAUGCAAUGGAGUUGGACAAAACCACUUGUAUGUUUGCUUUGAAGAAUGUUUACCGCAGGUUUUCUUGCAAACUUUAACACA